UGGAAAGAGAGCCUCAGUCUGAGUCUUUCCCGCCGGAACUGCUGGUGUCGCCGCCAUGGAGGAGCAGAAGGAGAACUGGCUGCGGGGCGGGCACCACGAGGCGCCGGCAUCUGCCCCUGCGCCCGCCCCACCCAGCCAGCUCGCGGCCCCGGCCCCCGGCAGCACCCCCAGGGGCCAGCAUCACUGUAGACUGGAUGGACAAGACCAUAAUGAAAAAAUUUCCACCUGCCAUUCUAAUGAUUUCAGUGACCCAAUUUACAAAGAAAUUGCUAUAACUAAUGGUUGCAUUAAUAGGAUGAGUAGAGAUGAGCUGAGAGCCAAACUUGCAGAGUUCAAGCUUGAAACGAGAGGAGUGAAAGAUGUACUGAAAAAGAGGCUUAAAAACUACUACAAGAAGCAAAAGCUGAUGCAGAAGGAGCCCAUUGAUGGAGAGAGUUACUAUGAUUUUAUCUGUGUUGUUGACUUCGAAGCAACCUGUGAGGAGGGCAACCCCCCUGAAUUUAUACAUGAAAUAAUUGAAUUUCCUAUCGUGCUAGUAAACACUCAUACACUAGAAAUAGAGGAUACCUUUCAACAAUAUGUGAAGCCAGAAAUUAAUCCUCAGCUUUCAGACUUCUGCAUUAAUCUGACCGGAAUCACUCAGGGCCUCGUAGAUGAAGCUGAUGCCUUUCCUCAAGUCCUACAAAAUGCUGUAGAAUGGAUGAGACAGAAAGAACUGGGGACUAAAUAUAGCUAUUCCAUACUGACUGAUGGAUCUUGGGAUAUGAGUAAAUUCCUGAAUAUCCAGUGUCGUAUUAGCCAUAUCAAAUAUCCCUCUUUUGCCAAAAAAUGGAUCAAUAUCCGCAAAUCGUACGGCAACUUCUACAAGGUUCCCAGAAACCAGACCAAGCUGACAAUCAUGCUUGAAAAGCUGGGAAUGAACUAUGAUGGGCGACCUCACAGUGGACUUGAUGACUCUAAGAAUAUUGCACGGAUAGCUAUACGAAUGCUUCAGGAUGGAUGUGAGCUGCGUGCGAAUGAGAGAAUGCAUGGUGGGCAGCUAAUGACUGUAUCCUCCUCUGCUCCAGUAGAGGGAGCCCCUGCUCCACAGAUGCCCCAUCUUAGAAACUAGCAGUGAAAGAGUGCUACAUAAUGAACCACUGUUGAAGACUUAGACUGCAAAGACAGCUGAUUAAAUGACCAUUUUGAUAAAACAGAUCUUCAGAGCAAAAUAUGCGAGCACCUUAAAUAGCUUUCUCUGUUUAAAAUAAAGGGGAUGUGAACUCUUGUUCUUUAACAUUUGCGUAUAUGACUUUUGAUACUGAUGGUGUUUUUAAAAAAAAAAUUAUCUGGUGUCUUUUUUAAAGGUAAGGUUGAUUACCGUAUAUAAGAUCCAAGCAGGGUUUUAAGAUUUUGUUUAUGAAGAAUAAUUAAUUCAAACUAAAAUACCCGAUUUGUUUACCCAUUGCGCUCUUCUUUCCCCAGCCCACAUGCUGUAUUGUAAGUGUCUAACAUAUUGACCAACAUUUGCAUAUGUAUAGGCUACUGACAGAAGAACUGUACAGAAUGUUGGCCAGAUUGGUAUCAUUUACCUUGCCAGUUGAUAGAGGCAGAUAACCUCUUCUGUUCAUCUAGACAAAAUGGGGGCAUUAUUCACGGUUUUAAUGGUUUUAAAAUCUUGAGGGAAAAGUCUGGAGAGGAGGAGGGAUGUGUGUGUGUGUUAAGAAAUGUGUGUCAGUUUCCACCUCAAAUAAUUCUGAGUGGCGUUGGUGAAGAGCUAAGUAUUAAGUAAAAAUAAAACUUUUAUUUGUAUAGUUGCAGAAUUCCUGGGGGGAGAGGGGUGGGGGCGUUAUUACUUGGGGGUUUUUUUUACAGGUAGGCUUUUCAGUCAUUGGGAUUUUUUGUACUUCCAGGUACUGCUUUACCUAUUUCUGCUCUAUUCAUUCCAGAAUAAAAUGAAGAACAAUACAGCAAUUUAAUCUCUUUUAGAAACCUGGAAUUCAGUGAGUGUGAGUGACUUAAAAUGCAAUGCAAUAUUGAAAUUAAUAUGAAAUAUGGCUUAGUAUGCUUUUUUCUGUCAUCUGGAUAUUCUGUAAAAAUA